CCCAUCUCUCCAACGAAAAAAGAACAAAAAAUGGCAGAAACAAUAGCAAACAGAUUCUUCUUCUUCCCCCUCUUCCUUCUCCUCUCAACCGCCGCAGCAACUUCAAAUAACAAUUCAUCAGAUUUCAUCCGACGAAGUUGCAGCAUAACUCUAUACCCUCGCCUCUGCUACGCCUCGCUUGCCCCAUACGCCACCGCGGUGCAGCAGAACCCCGCGAAGCUUGCCACGGCGGCCGCUACCGUGAGUCUCGCCAAGAUUCAUGAUGCUUCGUUGCUCGCGGCUACUUUGCAGCCGAGUUGCGCUGGGCGGCUCGGCGCAGCGAUGCGGGACUGCGUAAAAGUGCUUGGAACGGCGGCUGAUCUUACGAAGCAAUCAGCGGCGGAAAUGGGAAAGGUCGGGGAGGCAACAAGGACGGGCGGGAGCGGCGGGAUGGCGUGGGAGGUUUCGAACGCGCAGACGUGGAUGAGCGCGGCGAUGACGAACGAGGAAACGUGCAUCGAUGGGUUCGAUGGAGUGAGUGCGGUGAGGGGAGCGAAGGUGAUGGCCGACCGCGUCGGCGGGGUGAAGAAGUAUACGAGCAACGCUCUCGCGCUACUUAAUGUGCUUGCCCAUGGCAGCUAGAAUUUAUUUAAAGGGUGUAUUUUUAUACAAACUAAAUGGAGGGCAACUAAAACAUUACUUCCUACGAGUUAUGCAGUCUCUUUAUCUAUUUGAAUCUUUAUCUAUUUUUCAAAUUCUCACUCAAAUA